GGUUGGGAGGAGGAGAUGAAUGGAGGAGGAGGAGGGGGAGGGGAGGGGGAGGAGAUGGAGGAGGAUGGGGGAGGCGCGGGGAGGAGGAAGGAGCGGGUGGUGCUGAUGUGGGGGUACCUGCCCGGGGUGUCGCAGCAGCGGUCGCCGCUGCUGGGGCCGGUGCCCGUGAGGAUGCCGGACGCGGCCGCGGCGGCCGGUGAUGCGUGGAGGGAUGUGGCCGGCGGCGGGUGCGGCUUCGCGAUGGCCGUCUCCGAGCAAGGAAAACUCUUCACUUGGGGCUCUACCGAUGAUAUGGGACAAAGUUACGUGACUGCUGGGAAGCAUGAGGAAACUCCGGAGGCAUUUCCUCUUCCUAGUGAUAUUGCAAUUGUAAGGGCUGACGCUGGAUGGGCACAUUGUGUUGCAAUAACAGGUAAAGGUGAUGUCUACACAUGGGGUUGGAAAGAAUGCGUUCCAACUGGAAGGGUCAUUGCAGACCAUUCUGCAACUGGGGCUAUGGAUUGUGAUAAAAGGCAAAGUGGGGUUGCCACUGACCAAGGAAACUCGAUUACAGUGAGCCCCAGGUCAAAGGUGUCUAGGACAAGCACCAAGGCAGCAUCUGGUCCUGCUGAAAGCCGAAGUUCUGAGGAUAGCACAAAGCGACGGAGGUUAUCUUCAUCGAAACACGGGGCUGAAAGUGAAUCAUCUAGUGAUGAAAAUCUUUCAGCACCACCUUGUGUUGUGACAUUUAAUACAGGAGUGAAGAUAGUGGAAGUAGCUGCAGGUGGCCGUCAUACAUUAGUGCUGUCAGCUUCAGAUUUUGGUCAGGUCUGGGGUUGGGGCUAUGGUGGGGAAGGACAACUAGGUUUAGGCUCUAGGAUCCGGACAGUUUCCUCCCCACAUCCCAUACCUUGUGUUCAAUCGGCGUUCUACAGCAAGGACCGUACAGGAAUUGUGAUGGGUAGCAGAACUUUGGAAGGAACAAAUGAUAGAGCAGCAACUUGCGUGAAAGCAAUUGCCUGUGGAGGCCGUCAUAGUGCUGUGGUGACAGAUUCAGGAACACUUCUUACAUUUGGAUGGGGAUUAUAUGGACAGUGUGGACAAGGGAACACGGAUGAUAUUUUAAGCCCAACGUGUGUUUCGGCUAUUAUGGGAGUGAAGAUACAACGUGUAGCAGCUGGGCUAUGGCAUACUGUAUGUACAUCUGCUGAUGGUGAUGUAUAUUCCUUUGGAGGUAACCAGUUUGGGCAGCUGGGAACUGGAUCAGAUCAAGCUGAGAUUGUUCCAAAGUUGGUAGAAGCCUCGAAAUUGGAAAAUAAUCAUGCAAGAGGUGUUUCGUGUGGAGCCCGACACAGUGCAGUCAUAACAGAUAAAGGAGAUGUCUUCUGCUGGGGUUGGAACAAGUACGGUCAGCUUGGUUUGGGCGACUCAACAGACAGAAACGUACCAUGCCAAGUGCCCGUGGAAGCGUACAACCCGCUAAACGUUUCAUGCGGUUGGUGGCACACGUUGGUUCUCGCGGAAUAUCCUACCUGAUGAAAGAUUGAAGAUGCAUGCUUUCGGUUCUCCUAGGAAUUUGGUAGGUUUGAGGUCUGUCUGUCCAUGCUGCCCGACUGCCCCAAUGCGCAUACAUGGCAGUGCUUGCAAUAUCAUUCUUUUCAUUGUCUUUUUACAAUGCAAUGUAAACAAGCUUGUGUUGCUGUGCAUAUGCAAAGAGUAGCAACUAGAAGUAAUAACCUCUGUAGACCUUGUUGAACGCUAGGGUGAAUGUAUGAUGCUCUGUUGUUGUACAUAAAACGGUUACAAAAGCAACUAACAUAGUAGAAACUACACAGUGCUUCAUGUUGACUCCCAGAGAUAUAUAGUUAGGAGUUGUUAUGCUUGA